AAAAAAAAUACUGCAAUUAUUUCGGCUGGUCCUUGUAAUGAUUUUUGUUUUCCCAAUACAAUUUAUUUGAGAACUUUAGAAUAAAAUGGAGGUGUUUAAUAAAUUAUACUCAUCUGUUAGCAAUACAGUUUCACAGUUGUCUGGAGUUUUACCGGGAAAUCCAGUGACUAGAGAGUUUGAAGCUACGCAAUUCAUCGCCAGCGCUGGUCCAGGUUUAUUAUGGAAAAUUUACAAAGGGUAUAAAAAGUCGACCAAGCAAGAGGCUUCAAUAUUUGUGUUCGAGAAGAAACAUCUGGAGAGAUGGUCGAAGGCUGAUAGAGACAUAAUGCUGGAGACACUGAGGCGUGGCAUCGUGCAGCUGACGAAACUGCGACAUCCGCAGAUCCUUACAGUCCAGCACAGCCUUGAGGAGAGCCGCGAAAGUCUAGCUUUCGCCACUGAACCAGUUUUUGCUAGUUUAGCCAACAUUUUGGGCAACACAGAAAACAUGCCGCAGCCUGUGCCCAACCAUUUGAGCAAUUAUAAGCUCUAUGAGCUGGAAAUUAAGUAUGGUUUGAUGCAGAUAGCUGAAGGAUUAGCAUUUCUGCACAAUGAUGUGAAGCUUUUGCAUCACAAUGUGUGCCCGGAGUCGAUAAUAGUGAACCAGCAGGGCGCAUGGAAGAUAUUUGGGUUUGAUUUUUGUAUUGCUAACCAGAGUGGUCCAGGAGCAGCUCCGUUCUGGCCUUUUACUGAGUACUGUCAGGCCAUGCACCCUUUGACUCAGCCAGUUCUCGAUUAUUUGGCUCCUGAGUACGUCCUUUCAGCAACACAUUCCCCUGCAAGUGACAUCUUCUCUCUAGGUAUGGUUAUUUAUGUUCUGCACAGCACAGGACACCAAACGUUGGGGAAUGUUGGUAAUGAUUACUCAAAAUUUAAACGGUUUGCCACCGAGAUAAGAAAUCUGCCUUCUUCAAGGUUAUCUUGUGUAGUUGAUGGGCUCAGAGAUUAUGUGAAACUUAUGCUGAAUGCUACUCCAGAGCUUAGACCAGAUCCACAUCAGUUCUUAAAAAUUUCAUAUUUUGAAGAUGUGGGUGUAAAAACUCUCAACUACCUGGAUUCUUUAUUCCAAUGGGACAAUUUACAAAAAUCACAGUUUUACAAGGGCCUGCCGCAGAUAAUACAGAAAAUGCCACACCGGAUAUGCAUUUACCGAAUCCUGCCAUGUCUCUCAAAAGAGUUUGUGAACCCGCCUAUGGUGCCAUUUGUGUUACCAAACGUUUUGCUGAUCGCUGAGAAUUCUACGAAGGAGGAAUACAUAAAGUAUAUCCUGCCAGUGUUGAAGCCAGUCAUGAUGAUACAAGAUCCGAUUCAGAUAUUGUUGAUAUUCAUGCAAAAGAUGGAGCUUUUGUUGAAACUGACCCCAGGAGAUGAAGUUAAGAGUGAUAUAUUGCCGAUGUUGUAUCGGGCUUUGGAAUCUGAUGCCCAGCAGAUACAGGAACUUUGUUUAUCUGUCUUACCCACUUUUGCAUCUUUAAUUGACUAUCCGGCGAUGAAGAAUGCGCUUUUGCCGCGAAUCAAGAAGCUGUGUAUGAGCACAAACUACAUCUCAGUACGAGUAAAUUGUUUGCUGUGUCUUGGCAAGUUGCUGGAGCAUUUGGACAAAUGGCUGGUGUUGGAUGAGAUUAUACCUUUCCUGCCUCAGAUACCAUCUAGGGAGCCUGCUGUGUUAAUGGGGAUUUUAGGUAUUUACAAGCUUGCUCUGAGCCACAAGAAGCUAGGCAUCACAAAGGAGGUUAUGGCAACAAAAGUCUUACCCUUCCUCAUUCCGUUAUGUGUUGAGAAUGGCUUGACAUUAAAUCAGUUCAACGCACUCAUCACAUUGGUGAAACAGAUGAUUUCUAAAGUAGAAACGGAACACAGAGCAAAGUUGGAGCAACUUAAUUCCAUCCAGAAUGAGUCAAAGGUGAUGGAGCACUCACUGGCAGCUACAGACAACUUGGUGUCAGCGCCGGCGCCGCAGACCGACAUAGACAAAAUGUUUUCCGGUUUAGGACUAGAUCCGUUCUCUUUUCAAAACUCGAAGGGACCGGAGAAAGGCGAGCCGGCGAUGCCAAAUGUGGGCGACAACAGCGGGUCGCUUAGCAUUGAAGAGAAACAAAGGAUAGCACAGCAGCAAGAAACAGUCCGCAAGUUCAACAACCAGCCGGCUCCCACUGCCAUCCAGGCCAUUCCAAAGCACCCUCCUCGCUCCGUAGACCUCACCAGUUCCCUCCUACAAUCUAACCUCUCCCAGCUCACCACUCACAAGUCUUUCCCCUCCCCUGCCCCUACCAAUCCCCCCCUAAACAUGACACUAUCAAGCCCCAAUUAUAAUGUCCAAACAGGACCCAAUUAUAACGUAAACCAACCCAGACCGUACCAGUUCCCAGCGUCCAAUCCCAACAGUCUCCCCGGGUUUGAUAACCAACUGGCUUUGCCACCCAAUACCGGCUGGAAUCCUCAAUCAACUGGCAAUUUCAAUAACAAAUGGGCCAAUAACCAAAACCAGCAAACUAAUAUGAAACAGGACUGGUCAGCCUUCGAAUCUCUUUUACCGAGUCAGAGCAAUAACAAUCCGACCACCAAUAACAAUGUUAAAAAGUUAACUGACAGUGAAAUGAUGGAUUUGCUGAGCUAAACUCGGAUUAAGAACAGGGUCUCGAGAUUUCGUUAUUUAACCGUUUUACAAAGUAGAAUUAUUGGACUGGUAAGUGAAAUAGAAAAUGUUUUACAAACUCAUUCCUAUAAACUAUAAGUUACAAGUUUCAAGAAGGGAAUAUAUUUAAUACUAUCAUUAUUAAAUCCACUAGUAGUAAAUCACGACUGUAAUCAGCAUGUAUACUUAUUUACUUAUUUCAUAAUUAUUAUGUAUCAGAUUUUACACUAUGUACUACAAGUUUAAAAAAUACUAUUUAAUGAAAUAGGGUCUGAACACUUCAUUUUAAAGAAAAUCAUGUGCACAUUCCUAUUAUUUUUAAAUUAUUAUUAAUGAAAUGAGGGUACGUAAGCAUUUGACCAUUUUUGUAUAAAUAUUUUAUUUAUUCGAAUUUACAUAAAAAUAGAAUAGCUUUUAUUAAAUAAUGAAUUACAAUUAUUUUGUUUGAAUCUGCUGUUAUAUUUAAUACACAAACUUCACGCAAUUUGUUGAAAAUUACGUUUUUUAAUUGGUGGUGCUAUAAUUUUUAUUGUUUUUAGAUGUUUCAGCAGAUUUGUUUACACGUUUUAAUCUAUGAAAAGUGUAAAACCUGACUGCAAUAACUUUGUCGAUAUUCUUUGGGUUGUUUUAAUUAAGAGCAACAUCACUAUUGAUAAAAAUAUUGGAUCUUAUUAGCCCAAUUCUGCUAUUUUAGUCCAAAAGUAGGUACAGAAUAUAAAGUAUUUUUUUUAAUGCGGCAAAGAUAGUGCAGUCAGAUAUUUAUUAUUAUUUGUAUAAUCUUGAUCGACAUGUAUGUUUGUCCAUAAUUAUCCUAGUGUAACUAAUUUAAUGAAUAGUCGCAUAAAAUCGUUUUAUCUAUCAACUCCAUUAUUAUAUUAGGAAAACUGAUCUCUUAAUAAAUAGAUUAAUGGAAAA